AUGGCGGAAAGACGUCGCAGACGUAGGAACAGUGCGAGGAAUAAUGCCUUACCUCCACUUUUGCAACUUUUGGUGUGUUUACGGUUUUUUGCUACCGGGGCAUUCCACAAACUUAUUGGGGAUAGCUUCAAUGUGUCCGAGUGCACGGUAGGAAGAUGUCGUGCGGUGGCCAGUGCAAUCGUCAGCGUCCGAGGCGAUUUUAUUCAAUUCCCUAAGGAUCAUAAGGCCAGAGAAACCAAACAAGAAUUCCUGAAAAAUGCAGGGUUUCCAAACGUCUUAGGAUGUAUAGACGGGACUUUCGUAAGAAUUAUUGGCCCAUCUGAGAAUGAAGCCGAUUUUGUCAAUAGAAAGGGUUUCCACUCACUCAAUGUUCGGAUGGUAUGUGGUGCAAAGUUUAAAUUUACCAGUGUGUGCGCUACCUGGCCAGGAAGCGUGCACUACAGCCGAGUGUGGAGGGAAUCUGCCCUGUGUCGACAGUUUGAACAAGGUGAACAUAAUGGAUUUCUUCUUGGUGAUUCGGGAUAUCCUUGCCGUAGAUACCUGAUGACACCGUACCUCAAUCCAGCCAUUGAUGCUCAACAGCGUUUUAACGCUUCGCUCUGUCGAACAAGAGUGCUAGUUGAGCAGAGCUUUGGGAUUAUAAAGAGGCGUUUUGCAUGCCUUCAAGCAACACUUAUGACAAAUCCUGACCAGGCAGCAACAUAUGUUGUCGCAUGUGUUGUUUUGCAUAAUCUGGGGAUAGAGAAGGGCGAUGUUAUGGACAAAGCCUGUGACGCUGCAGAUGCAUAUCAAGCUGAUCACUAUGUACAUAGCCUACAACGCUCAAGAGGGAAGCCACAUGCGUGA